UUCAGCCAGGAAGAACUGCUAAAAAUAUGGAAGGGCCUGUUCUAUUGUAUGUGGAUGCAGGAUAAACCUCUGCUGCAGGAGGAGCUUGCAGGCAAUAUCUCGCAGCUUAUCCAUGCGAUUCAGAAUACAGAGGCUCGACACCUGUUCAUUCAGACAUUUUGGCAAACUAUGAACCGUGAAUGGAAUGGGAUAGACAAUUUGCGUCUUGAUAAGUACUAUAUGUUAAUGCGUAUGAUUUUGAGGCAGUCCUUUGAAGUGUUGAAGAGAAAUGAGUGGGAUGAAAGUCUAAUUGAACUAUUCCUGCAGCUACUCAUGAAAGAAGUUAUGGACCCAGACAGCAAUGCUCCCACUGGGAUAAAGCUACAUUUCAUUGAUAUCUAUCUGGAUGAAUUGGCAAAAGUUGGUGCAAAGGAGCUCACAGCGGACCAGAAUCUCAAGUUCGUUGAACCUUUCUGCAAAAUUGCUGCCAAAUCAAAGGAUCGAUGUGUGCUGCAUGCUGUAGCCACUGGUAUCUUUGAGCUCAUUGUGGAUCAGUCCCCCUAUGCCAUUGAGGACCUGAUGAAAGAACUGGGUAACAACAGCGAUGAAGAGGAUGUAUCUGAAGAAGGCAAGCAGGAAAAUGGAGAGGUGCUUAAAACCAAAGACAGAUGUUUGUCAAGAAAAUCAGCACAGAGCUCUGAAAAGACAGAGGAUGUUAAUGAAGAUGCCGAUGAUGGUAUCGGGACUGUUCUUCAGUUUGAUUAUAAGGCUGUAGCUGACAAACUCUUUGAAUUGGCGAGCAAGAAAAAUACACCUUCCCUUAACAGAAAGCGUCUGUACAAGCUGGUCAAAAAGUUCCAGGACUUAGCAGAAGGAAUCUUCCCCCAAGAUUUUCCUGAAGAUGUUUCUACAGAUGAAGAUGAUGAUGAAUUCAGCAGGGGAAGACGAAAGAAAAAAGCUGUCAAGCCUUGGGAGAAAAACAAGUUGGAAAAAGCAAAAAAGGAUGAACAAGAUAUGUCAAGUGCAAAGGAGGCAUCAGUUCCCCAGAAGAAGAGGAAAAAAAGGAAAAAGAGGGACAGCCCAAGUGCGGAUUCUGGAACAGCUGAUGGAAAUUGUGAGGAGGGAACAGCUGAGACAUCUGGAUCCAAUGUUUCUAGUGAGGGAAGGGCGCCAGAAAAUAACAAGGAAAGGAAGAAAAAGAAAUUGCUAGUAAAUGAGGCAAAUGAGACCACAAAUGCAGCAACUGACACCAGAGAAAAUCACAGUAUCUCUGUGCAGAACGGUCCGACUAAUGCAGAACAGAGUAAAAAGAGUCAGUUGAAGAAAACGAACCUGAAAAUGCAAAAUCUUCCUGUAAAACCAGCAUGUCAGAAUGGACCAGCUAAUGCCUGUGAGGCAGAGGAUGUCAGCCCAUCUGUCACACCGUUAGCUCCUAAGGUCAUGAAAAAGAAACAGAAAGCAGGGGCCGUCUUGCUGAAUGGGGAUACCUUUUUGCAGCAAACUGACAUGAAAUCCAACAAGGAGGGCUUGCCAGGGACCCUGUCGGGACAUGCAGACUCUGACUCCACACCCUCCAGGAGGGUCAAAUUGAAGACAAAGACAAAGCUACUUGGUUUGGAAGGGAUGAAAGUCUCCAGCCAGAAAGCAGCAACCUUGAAGAAGAAGAGAAAAGUAAAAGAGGUGCUAAACUCUGUCGAAGCCAAUGGAGUUCUGGAAACUGCAUGCAAGAAAAGCAGGAAAGGGGAAAGCAGUGCUGCUCUAUCAUCAAAGAAAAAGAAAACAAAACCAGGAAGUGAUUUCGUAAAAUUUGAAAAAUCAACUUUACCAAAGGCAGUAUUCUUCAGAAAAGCCAGAAGCGCCAUCUCUUCGCCCAGAGCAUCCAUGCAGCUGAACAAGCUGCAGUCAUCCAGCUCCAAAAAAGUCACGUUUGGCUUGAACAAAAAUACGACUGCUGAGUUUAAAAAAACUGACAAAAGUAUCUUAGUGAGCCCAGAAGGACCCUCCCGCGUGGCUUUCAAUCCUGAACAGAAGCCUCGUCAUGGGGUGCUGAAGUCACCCACAGGUACCCCAGCAGGACAACCUCAAAUGAAGAAAACAUUUACUGUAUCAGUUAAGAAGAGACCGACUGCUAUGGACUUCUUUUAA